AUGGGUCUCCGUUCGAGGGGUCUCCUUCUCCUCUCCCUCGGGAUAUGGUAUCUUCAGUUAUUUACAGUAGCAAGUGUAGCAUUAAACUCCAACGUCAGAGUUAAACGCCAAAGUACAGAUAGUCUUCUCACAGUCGAAUGGGAAGGAAUUCAAACUGGAGAUCACGCUGACUCAGAAGUGAAAGGUUUCCUCGUCGAAUACCGCCCGGAACGAAGUGGAGAAUGGCAAUUGCACCCGGGAAUAAUUCCAUAUAAAGGACCAAAUCAUCAGUAUCGUGUACAAAUACCAAAACUUCCGACAGGAAUUUCUUAUCUUGUUCGGAUCAAGGUUAUCGGUGAGAACAAUGAGGUUCUUGUGGAGACUCCCGAAAUUCGUGCUCACAAUGAAAUUGUUUCAAUCAAGUGUGAAAACGAUGACCUCACUGCUCCUCGUUAUCCAGUAGUAACUGAAGUUGCCCAAUACUCUCUUGCCAUCAAAUGGGACGUCCCAGACUGUGGAUCCGUUGGAGACUAUCAAGUCGAGUUGACUGGUGUCUCUGCUCCAUUUGACAUUCAUAGACAAACUGUCACUCAACCACAUGUCUCUGUCACUAACCUCUUGCCAGGAACUUUCUACAGUGUUAAAGUGCGCGCUGUCGAUCGUAGCCGUAAUGUUGGACCAUGGAAUUCGGAAGUUCUAGAGGCGAAGACCAAGGGAGACGCCCUUCCAAUUUCAAACAACAUUCAACUUCUCUACCGUACCGAUUCGGAACUUCGUGUCAGCUGGCAACCAUUCAUGGAUCCUAGACUUCAACAUUACGAGGUAACCGCCGUGGAGGUUGAUGACGAUUCGAGACGUGUCGAACGUCGUCGUGUCGAUCCAGCUCUGAACUCUUUCGCUCUCACCGGACUCCGCCCAAGCACAAAAUACACAAUUGGAGUGAUCGCUUUCGUUGACCAUGAGCCAAAGCAGGUCUAUCAAAUUGAGGCUUACACAACGUCCGGAGGAAUUGAAAGUUGGGAAGAAAAACCACAAGUCGUCGAUCAAGGAAAACAACAGUUCGCAGUGCACUGGAAGCUUCCAGCAACUUCGAUCACUGUCAGUAAAUUCAUUUUAGAAUACAGACUUCCAAAUGAAACGACAUGGAGAACAAGUGAACAGAAAGGAGUUGCUGAGGGAUCAGGAGACUAUUCAGUUGCUCUUUCUCAAAUGACUGCACCAUAUUACACUGUCAGAAUUGUAGCAAUUGAUGAUCAGAACAAAGUUGUUGCCAGAACUGAAGAAUUGACCGUUGGAGAAGCAGCUGAAUCAUCAUGCAUUGGAGCAGCUGGAGUUCCAACCAAUAUUAGAUCAACUGAUAUUGAUUCACAAUCAAUUAAAUUGGAAUGGGAUGUUCCUGGAUGUGAUGAGACUCAUGCUCCAAUUGAUGGAUAUGAAUAUCUCGUAUAUGAAGCAUCUCAAGGUGCUCCAGCCGAUGGGGCAUCUUACGUCGGAGCUCCACAUGUUGUCAUUAAGGGAUUGAGACAAAAUGUUGAUUACACUUUCAAGGUUAGAUCAAGAAGUGUUAAUGGACAUUCUCAAUGGAGUAAGGAUGUUGUCAUUGAGACAGCGAUCGCCGGAAGUGUCUCAUCAGGAGAACUGGGAGAAUUUAACCAACUUCUAAGAGUGAAACGACAAGCAAAACAUUUAAUCAAAGAUCCACUCAACAUUUUUAAGUUGCGAAUUGUUCUCUCGCCACCAUGUUCGUAUCUUGUUUGGACACCGUUAACACAACAUUCUCAGAUAAUAAGUAAAUUCAAAUUGAUGUACAAGGAAGUGAGUUCAUCGAAAUGGAUCAAAUUGGUCGGUGGACCAGAUCACUUUCAGUGUCCGCCGGGAAUUGCUGAUCCAGAAGAUUGCUGUUAUCAACUGAAAGGAUUAUUCUUUGGAGUUCACUAUAUUAGCAGUAUAUCUUAUCAACUAACAAACGGAGAAGAUCUGCCAUCCAGUAACCCAUUGCACUUCACUCUUGUUCAACUUGAUGGAUCCGCCUCGCCUAACACCCAAGGAGUUACAAUUACUCAACCACGAAUCGAACAGUCGGCUUCACGAUCAGUUGCCUACUGGUCUGUAGUCGGUGACCGUUCUACUGUCACCGAAUACCAAGUCGACAUCCGAUCGACCGACGAACGAUCAUGGAGAGCCGUUGAACCAUCCGUUCAGAACGAACAAUCUCAGACACAUUACCGUCUUCCAUUGGGUCAAUUGAACGUUGCAAACACCUAUUUGGUGAGAGUUCGUGCUUUGGAUUCAUCCAAAUCGACUGUUGCUACAUCACCAUCCGCUUCUUUCUCUGUUUUGUGUCAAGUUCCAUCUGCCCCAGAGAAUGUCCGCUUGGAACGUGUCUCGGACCAAAACGUGCGUGUUUCAUGGGAAUCAAGCCAAGAAAGUGGAGACUGCCAAUCAUAUUUCUUCAUUACUGGACAACAAAACGGACAACCAAUCAAUCAAAGAGUUCCAGGAAGCGACCGUAGUGUUGAUAUUGCUGGAUCUUCUCAAGGAGACUGGAGAGUUCAAGUUCGUGGAGUGAACACUGCUGGUUCUGGAACUCCAUCUCGUGAUGCCAUCUUCUCUUCUACUGCUCAACAAUCAACCCGCCAAAAGCGCAGUGUUUGUGAUCCAAGAACUGAUUUCUGGUGCCAAGGGCAAUUCUCAAACUCUCCACUCAGAGAAACGGACUCUGGUGAAGCUCUUGUCUCCACUCCACGAGUACUCGCUCAAGACAAUGAUUUGAUUGUCAAGUGGAAAUCUGAGGGAGAAGGACGUGGUGUCUAUGGAUAUCAUGUUCAAUUCCGAAGUGAAAACUCUGGUUGGAAGACUUACGGACAACUUGUUCCAUAUGUCGGAGAUAACAUGGAAUACACUCAAACAUUGACUGGACUCGAACGUGGAAAUGCUUAUUUCAUUCAUGUUCAAGUUUUGGAUCGUAACUCUUAUGUUAUGUACACUUCUGCUCAAUCAAAUGCAAAGAGCAGUUGUUCUAAACCAACCCACACUCCAUCUCAUCUCCAAGUCGCUGCUCCAGAUGCCAGUCAUGUCCGUGUCUCAUGGGCUCUCCCACCACAAUCCACCUGGGGAUGCUCUGAUAUUCAGUUCGAAAUUCAACCAGAAGAGCCACGUGGACAGCCAGCUGUCGUUCUCGGAAGUCAUCAAACUUCUCACAUCUUCAAUUCUGCUCCAAAUCAACUUUGGUCUGUUAAAAUUCGUGCCAUCAACUCUGCCGGACACUCUGCCUGGACUCCAGCUUCUCAGGCUAAAACUCCUCCAGGAGGAGAAUUGAUCAUUGGUCCAGAUGUCAAUUAUCGUCAAGGAAAACCAAUUAUUUCAUGGAGAUCGAAGGAGCAUACGAAUGAUUUGAUCGAGUCAUUCGUUUUGGAAUGGAAACCAGCAACUGAACAGGACUGGAGACAACACCGUAACCCAAUUCCAUACACUGGAUGGCAACGUCCAUAUUCCGUUGAUCUUGGUGAACUCCCACAAGGACAAACUUAUCAAGUCAGAAUUGUGGCAAAGGAUCCAAACAGAGGAACUGCAUACACUUCAUCAGUUGUUCAAGUGCAAACUCAAUCUCAAUGUAAAGCCCCAAGAAGAGCUCCAGCCGAUGUUCAAGUCUCACCACUCGGUCCAACUCAGAUCCGUGUUCAAUGGGCUCCACUUCAUGAAUCUGAAUGGAAUUGUGAUCGUUUGUGGUAUAUUGUCAAGUACUCGACUCCACAAAAUCAAGGAUUCAAGAAUUUGACAAACGGAGAAAACUUUGUUGUCUUCGAUUCUGAUCCAUACACUCAAUGGAACUUCGAAGUUCAAGCUGCCAAUCCAGCUGGUGAAUCUCAAUUCUCUAGAGCUCAGUCUGCUCAAACACAAGGAGUUGCUCCAGGAGCUGUUGCAAACCUUCGUGUUCAGCCAAUCGGACCAGAUUCUCUUCAAUGCAGCUGGCAACCACCAGUCAAUCCAAAUGGAAGAAUCACUCAAUACGAAGUCACCUACCAACUCAUUUCCAGAGGAAACUGUGAUAACAACCAAGAAGCACCACGUACCAUCACUGUGAACGGACCACAUUUCACCAUCACUGGGCUCCACCCACAUUCGAAAUACAGAGUUGGAGUUGCUGCCAAAUCAAAUGUUGGAGCAGGAGAGCGAGUUUCCCUUGAGAUCCAAACUGAUCAAUCUGCUCCAAGCGGAGCUCCAUUGUACCUUCGUACCGAUGACAUUCGCCCAACUGAUGUCAGUAUUUCAUGGCAAGCCCCACCAUGCCUCCAAACCAACGGAGAAAUCACUGAGUACGAAUACGAAGUAACUGCUGGAGAUCGUCGCCAAACUGUUCAAAAGACCACUGAAAACAUCCGUGGAACUAGAGCAAGAAUCGAGAAUCUUCAACCACAAACUCGUUACAAUGUCAAGGUCCGUGCUUACACUGCCCGUGGACCAGGACCAUGGUCAACAGAAGUUCCAUUCCAAACAUCGGCUGGACAGCAAAACGUUCAAGCUCCAGGAUUCGUCAAGGUGCUUCACACUGGAGCAGACAACGCUCAACUCGUCUGGCAAUCUCCUUAUCCAAAUCCAGGAUAUGUUGACAAAUACAAGUGCAGAUAUGCUCCAACUGGAACUCAACAAUACCAAGAACGCCAGUUCCCAGCAGUUUCUCCAUGCCAGCAACGUCAAAUCGAACGUCAACAGUUGCCACAAUCACCACCAGGAGCCAGACUUCACUGUGGAAGAAUCGAGAAUUUGAAGCCAGAACAGACCUACGACUUCCAAGUUUCUGCCCACGUCAAAGAUUCCGGAUGGGGUCCAUAUUCACCACCAGAGAGAACUUUGGUUACUGACUCUGCUGUUCAAGUUCUAUUCGUCAGAAAGAUCGGAGGAUCAGAGAAUUCACUUCACAUCAAUUGGGAUGUUCGUCCAGAUGACAAGAACAGAGUGACUGCAUUCAAGAUUGUUGUUGUUCCACAGGACGGAUCUCAAAGAGCUCAGACAUUCAAUGUUGAUCGUGCCACUUAUCAAUACCGUAUCGAUAACUUGCGUCCAAGAACUACCUACAAUGUGACUGUUUCUGCUGCUACUCAUAAGGAAAUGUGUGGAGGAACUGCCGCUGUAAUGACAACUGACGCAGCUGCAUUGACUGCUCUCUCAAUUGCUCCAAGAGUUAUCGCUGAAGAACCAACUUCCAUCACCAUCGAAUGGGAGUCUCGUAACCGUGAAGCCGGUGGAUUCAUUGUUGAAUAUCGACUUGAGGGCGGAGCUUGGCAACAAUAUGCUCGUCGUAUUCCAGCUCAUCCAUCUCAAACCACAUACACUGCCACUGUUGAUGGUCUUCCAACCAACGCUGUCGUUGACUUGAGAGUUCGUGUUGUUUCCCAACAGAAUGAACAGAGCAACCCAUCACCCGAAGUUCGUGCCAGAACCAAAUGCUCCCCACCAACAUCCCCACCACAAGGAGUUCGUGUUGAUGCUCCAUCUACCAACGAAGUCAGAGUUUCAUGGGCUCGUCCAGCCAAGAACACUUGGAUGUGCGACCAAAUGAAUGUCGAAAUCAGCUAUAGAGUCGGAAACCAACCAGAGAAAGUGCUUACUGUUCCGGGAGACCAAACAGAAUACACUUUCCCAGCCGAGCCAAAUCAGCGUUGGGUUGUGAAACUCCGUGCCACCAACCAAGUUGGUUCUAGUCAAUGGUCACCUGAACAAUCGAUCACUACUCGUCAAGGAGCUCCAGGAUCAGUAAGAGAUCUUCGUGUCAAAGCUCUCUCACCAAAUGAAGUUCAUGUUCAAUGGCUUGCUCCACUUGUUCAACGGGGAACCAUCGUCGGUUACGAUAUUUCUUACCGUCUGAAGCAUCGUCUUGCUUGUCCUGAAGAAGAACCAAGAGACGUCAGCAGAGACUUUGUUACAGUCUACAAUCACAAAGACCUUGAUUACACAAUCACUGGUCUCUUGCCGUAUUCCCUCUACGAAGUUCGUGUCAGAGCUAGAACAACAGAGUUAGGUCCAGAGGAAACCAAGGAAGUUUCAACUGAACAACAACCACCAUCGUCUCCUCCACUUAACUUGGAAUCUACUUAUGCUCUCGAACGUUCUUUGUCAUUCCAAUGGGAACCAGUCGAUUGCUCUCAAAGACAUGGACAUAUUGUCAACUACGAAUACGAGAUUCUCGGACAAGAUGACUGGGCUAAAUUGGAGAGACAAAUUGCCAACACUUCUGAUCUUCGUGUCACUAUUGAUGGAUUGACUCCAUACACCAAAUAUGUCAUGAGAGUCAAGGCUUACAACUCAAUUGGAGGAGGACCAAACACUGAGAAUCUUGUCGUCAUGACAGCCAAGGCUCAAGCUCCACUUCCACCACAAGACUUGGUUGUUGCACAAGAAGGAACUGACUUCUUCAUGGUUUCAUGGCUGCCACCAUACCCACCAUAUGGACCACACGAUGCCUACAAGAUCCGUUACCAACAAAUUCCGUCUGAAAACUGGGUUGAAAACGAGAAAGGAGUCAAGGAUCCACUUCUCAAGUGUCCUGGAGAGAGUCCACGUUUCUGUUACAAUGCCACCGGUCUGGAAUCUGGACAGCAAUUCAAAGUUCAAGUUGCGACAAGAAUCGAAGGAGGAAGUUAUGGACCAUGGUCUUCAUUGGUUAUUGCAAACACUCUUCAAGUACUUCCAGAUGCUCCAAGAGCCAUUCAUCUCAUUGAAAAGACUGAUCAUUCCCUCCACAUCAGAUGGAUUCCACCAAUUGAUCCAAAAGGAUACGUCAUUCAAUAUCGUGUUUCGAUCGUUUCUCUUGAUGAUGUCAAUGAUAAAAAGAGAACUCACAUCGUCAAUCAUCCAACUUUGACUUAUCUUUUCGAGGAUUUGAACCCAGAAACCUCAUACAAUAUCUCCAUUUCUGCUGGAACCAAACAAGGAUUCGGAAGAGAAAUCUGGACUCGUUACACCACUGAUCCAUUCAACAUUCCAGUUGUUGGAACAAUGCCAACUGUUACUCCAGAUGGAGCCAAUGCUUUGGAUGUUCAAUGGAACGCCGUUUUGGAUCCAAAGAAUAGAGUCAAGGGAUACAUCAUUGAAAUCAGAAACGCUGACACUCCAGUCUGGCAAGAAAUCGGAGGAGUCGUCAACCAUGAUGCCGUCAAAUCAACCUACUUCAAAAAACUCACUGGACUUGACUCUGAUACUCUCUACUUCAUCAGAAUCAAGGUUGUUGAUCACCGUCAAAGAGUCGGAGUACCAUCUCCUGAAGCUCAAGCUCGUACCGGAUGUGCUGCUCCACUUUCUCCGCCAACUAACCUCAAUUUGGCUUCACCAUCCAAUGUUCAAGUACGAGUCUCAUGGCAAGCACCAAACCAGAACUCAUGGAAGUGCUCUUCUAUUCGAUACAAGUUGGAAUACAUCAACGGAACACAACCAAGAAAACAAAUUGAUUUGGGAAGUUCUUCGAUCGAACAUCUUUUCGAUUCGAAGUCCAACACCAAGUGGAUUGUCAGAGCUCGUACCGAAAAUGACGCAGGAUCAUCUGAAUGGAGUAAGGAAUUGGAGAUCACGACUGGAGAAGGAGCUCCAGGAGCUGUUGAAGAUCUUACUGCUAAACCAAAGGGACCAACAAGUGUUGUUGUUAGAUGGAAGCCACCACGUGAUCCAAAUGGAGUCAUCACUGGAUACACUCUCACAUACAAACUCAAAUCCAUCGGAGAAUGUGGACCAAGAAGUGCAGCUCCAAUCGAGAAACAUGUCAGAAAUGAGGAACAAACUUUGGAUGGACUUCUCCCAGACUCCACCUAUGAAAUUCAUGUCGUUGCUCACACUUCUCAUGCUGGACCACAAUCAUCAGUUGUCACUGUAACAACUGAAGAGGCUGCUCCAUCUGGACCUCCACAAAAUGUUCGUGUUGGAUCAAUCACCUCAUCGAGAGCUGAUGUCACUUGGGCUCAACCAGAAUGUGAACAAAGAAACGGGAAGAUCACCGAUUAUGAAUACGAAUUGUGGAGUAUGGAUACCUGGGCUGAUAACUCGACUGGACAUAAUCCAACUGAACGUCUCAAUCUUGAUCAACUCAUUCCGUACACUCAAUACCAAAUCAGAGUCAGAGCCAUCAACAAGGAAGGUGAAGGGCCGUUCUCUGAAUGGGUUCCAUUCACUACUCAAGCAACAAAUCCACCGGCUCCAAGUGAUCUUCAAGAAGAAGCAACAUUCCCACAUGCUAUCGAAAUUUCGUGGCUUCCACCAACUCCACCUCAUGGAAACAUUGACUUCUACAAGGUCAGAUACACUCCAACUGGAGAGGCCAACUACAGAGAAAUCAGAGUAGAAACUGACCGAUUGGAAUGCUCGGACUCGAACAAGAAGGACCGAUUAUGCUACAGAUUGAGUGAUUUGGAUCCAGAACAAGAAUACGAUAUUCAAGUUUCUGCUCAUACUGAAGGAGGUGGCUGGUCUGAAUGGUCGGACGAGCUGACUUCGAGAACUCAACAACAGAAUAUUCCUGUUUUGGAGAGAGAACUUGAAGUUACUGAUAAGACUUCCAACUCGAUUUCAUUGAAAUGGGAAGGGCUUCCACAAGAUCAAGCAACUCAUGUUGUCGGAUACGUUUUGGAAUUCAAAUCAGAGGAUGAUACAGCUGAAUGGCAAGAGUAUAAUGGAGUUGUAAAGCAUCGCAAGUCGACUUCUGACUACAAGAUUACUGUAAAACAACUUGAAACAGCUACAUUGUACUUCUUCCGUCUCCGUGUUGUUGGAAAGAAUGAUAAGAGAGGACAACCAGGACCAGAAACCAAGGAAACCACAUCUUGCGGAAAACCAGAAGCCCCACCAGAGAGUUUGAAACUCGAAAGUUUGGACUUCGAAACGUUGAAAAUCACUUGGACUCCACCAGAUGAGAGCACUUGGAGAUGCGACAAUGUUGAGUAUCUCAUUGAUUUCGUCAACACAACUUCUCGUGGAAACUGGACUGUCAGCACUGAUGCUCCUUCCGAAUUGAUUGUUCCAACUCAACCAGGAACCAAGUGGGAUGUCAAGAUCAGAACCCAGACUGUUGAGGAUAAUGGAAAACCACAAGUAUCCAAAUGGAGUGACAAAGUCAGUAUCACAACUCAAUCUCUUCCUGGAGAAAUCUUCGUUACCGUUGAACCAAAGGGACCAAGAGAGGCUUUGGUCACUUGGGAGUUGCCGGAUAAGGAUCAGAAAUGGAACUACGGAGUGGAUAUCACGUACAAACUCAAACAACUUGGAGGUUGUAAUGAAGUUCAAACAGGAGCCAAGGAACCAGUUACUCUUCUCAACGUUCAAGAGAAACAAAUCCCUCUUGAGAAUCUUCAACCAGGAUCACUUUAUGAGGUUACUGUUACUCCAAGAAGACCACCAUCUCUUCAUUCGUCAAUCGUCACUCCAAAGACUGUCAGAACUUUCCGAACGAAGAACGACGUUCCAACUGGACCACCACAAAACUUGCAGUCUACCGUCAGAAAGGACAGUGAACUCGGAUUCAAAUGGGAUGCUCCAGAAUGUAUUCAACAGAACGGAAACAUCACUCAAUACGAGUUUGAGUUGGUUGGAUUGGACGAAUGGAAUGAGGGAACACGUGAAGGUGUCACUCCACGUCAGAACACUUUGAUUGAUCAACUUCAACCUGGAAGUCUCUACCGUAUCAAGGUCCGUGCUUACACUGCUGAAGGACCAGGACCAUGGUCUGAUUCUCUUGAGAUUAGAACUACCGGAAGUGAACUUGGACCACCAAGAGAGCUCACUGCUGUUCAAACCAAGGCCACUCAAAUUCAACUCACUUGGCUUCCACCAUACCCAGAGAAGGCUAUCGUUACCGCUUACAGAAUCCGUUAUAGUCCAAGAGCUGAUGACUCCAACCCAACAGAAGUUGAGUUGUCUGGAGAUGAGCUCACCUGCAGUGGAUACAAGAGCCCAAUCAUCACAUCUGCCAAUCUCUGUGCCACAAUCAAGGGACUUCAGCCAUCAACCACUUACAGAUUUGCUGUUCAAGGACAAUCAUCAUCUGGAAACUGGGGAGAAUGGUCUUCUGAUUACUUCUCAACUACCAGAAAUGAUGACAACGAACUUCUUGGUGGAAGUUUGAAGCUUCUAUCUGCAGGACAUGACAAUUUGAAGGUUAAAUGGACGCCACCAGCAGUCAUCGGAGAGAAGAUUGACAAAUAUGACCUGUUCAUCUCUGUUGCUUCCGUUCUUGAUCAAAAUCCAAAGAAGUUUGAUGUCGAUGGAAAAACAACUGACUAUCACUUCAGACAAUUGGACUCUGUUACUCAAUACAAUGUGACUGUUCAAGGAACAUCUGAAGGAAACAAACUGUGGUUCAUCUCUUCUGUAUUCUCUACAACUGACUUCGCCGAAGGACUUCUCAGCUGGCUUCCAGCUCCAACUGAUCUUCAUCUCAUUGAGAAGAGUGAUACUAUGCUUCAUGUCGAUUGGGUUCCACCAGAGAUCUUCGACCCAGAACAAAGAGAACUCAUUACUCAUCAUCGUGUCACAAUUGCUCCAUUUGAUCCAACCACCGGAAAGACUGGACCAUCGAAGAACUACACUGUUCCAUACCCAGGAAACUCUAUCAAAUUCGAAGGACUCCGCCCAGAAACUAUCUACAACAUCACGGUUCAAGCUGGAACAAACUCUGGAUACGGACAUAUUCUCUGGGGAACAUACAGUACUCUUGCUCCAGGACAAAGACAUAUUCUCCGUCUUCUCAACAGAACACCAACCACUUUGAAUGUCGCUUGGGAACCAGUAUGGGGACGUGCUCACUCUGGAUACACUCUCACUGCUCGUACUCUUUACUCAGUUUACGGAAAUGUUCGACUCCAACAAAUCAAGAGUUUCGAUGUUGAUGCUUCUGAAACUGAGUUCGUUAUUCGUGGACUUCAUCCAUCGACUGUCUACAAUGUGACAUUGACACCAAAGGAUCACAACGAGGUUGCCUGGGGAGCAUACGCCACUCUUCCACCUGGUUGGUUCGUCGUCAAGAAUCUAAAACAGUGUGACAAGACCGAUUUUGCUGUUUCGAUGUCUUGGGAGCCAGUCGAGUUGAACAUGGCAUCUGACUAUCAAGUUAGAUAUUUGAGACUCAAGGAACACGAUGGAAUCUGGACUGAAGAAGAAGCACGUCCAGCAAAGGAACUGUUGUGUCCAAAGGACGGAUGUGGGAGACUUUGUUAUCUUGUGUUUAAUCUCCCACAUAAUCCAUCUGAAUAUGUCUUCCAGGUUCGCGCCAAGGUUGAUGGAGAAUGGAAUCACUGGAAGUCUGCUCCAAAGAAGAUGACCAGCAGUGAGCCUCUUAACAUCCGCCGUAGCUGCUGUAUCGUUCCACCACCAUACUUUGUCGACAACAUCGGAGCUCCUGAAACAUUCUGGGAAGUCGAUGUGAACCCAGCUGCAACUGAAAACAAUGUGACCCGUUACUAUGUUGUUGUUGAUGAACGUGACCCACCAGGAGAUACUAACUGGACUGAACUGACCGACAAGGUUACAGCAAACAAGAUGAAGAUUCCAUACUAUGUUGCUGCUUCAUUCAAUUUGGAAACUCUGCCAGAGCCAAGAAAGGUUCGAAUUGGAGAUGGAACUGUGAUUGGAGGAUAUUUGAAUUAUCCACUUGUCAAAGGAAAGAAGUACAAUUACGAAGUUUACACCAUUUGGAAUGUUACUGGAGCUCCAUUGGUUGGAAGACUCAGAGCAUCUCCAUACAUCACAUCUUCAUGGCCAUGGUGGUGGCUGUUGCUCCCACUUCUUCUUGCCCUUCUAGUCGCUCUUCUCUGCUGUUGUAUUCCUUGGUGUCUAAAUCGCCGUUUCCGAUCAAAGAAAGAUACCAGCCGAUUGGUAACAAAUGGAGAACGUGCAACACUUCUAGAAGAACAGAAAGUUGGAAUGAAUGAAAAUAUGCGUCAACUUGAGAAUCGUCUUGAUAAAAUGAGAGGAGCCGUCGAUGGAAGAGCCCGCGGAGAUUUCGAAGAUGGUUACAUGAAGGGAUACAAAGAUGCCAACAAAUUGGGAAGUGCUCAUGCUGCCAGAAGACGUCUUGAUGAUGAAUUCGGAGCUCGUGACGAUCGUUUCCAUGAGGGAUAUGUCAAGGGUCUCAAGGACGCUGGAAUGACUGGAAUGACCACUUCAAUGCACAAUUUGGCUCAAAGAACGGGAGGUGGAUACUCUGCUGGAUUUGCUCAGGGAUACAAGGAUGGAAACUCUGGAAUCUUCGGAGAUCGUGUCACUCCAUCGUUGAUUUCUCGUCUUGAUGAGCAAUAUGCUGGACAAGAAGACUUCAAACAAGGAUACGUUGAUGGAUUCAAGGAGGGAGCAUCUAGUCGUACUGGAGAUAGAUCGAGAUUCGAAGACUCCAGAAGACUUCAACAAUCUCUUACGGAACUCACAGAGAGAUUGACUUCUCUCGAGAAAACCAAGGGAGACGAGAUCCAUUCCACGAAGAUCUAUCACGUUUAUAAUCAACAACCAGAAGGAGCCACAAUGACUUCAACUGGAGCUCAGUUGGCUCAAGAACUUGAAGAAAUCGGAAGCACAUCUCGCAGAAGUACAUUGAGAAGACAUUAUACUCCAGGAGAUUAUUUGAAACAGGAUGCUGAGGAAGGAUACAACUCAUUGAGCAGAAACAGAAGAUCACUUUCUGCAUCUGCUUUGGCAGCCAACAGAGAAGCAGCUCAUCAAUCCUCUUCCUAUCUUCAAACUGGAGGAACACUCAGUCGUUCCCGUCAUCACAUGUCUCAUGCUGGUUCUUCAUACCUUUCUAGAGCCGCUCAAGAUGCUCAAAUUGGCACUGACACAUACGCGAAACGCUACAACUACCGAUCACGAUCGGAUGUUGGAAGCCCGCGUCGGUAUGCUAGUCAGACUCUUCUAGACGGUUCCCGUCCAGGACCAUCCACUCCUCAUGCCAGACGUGAUGCUUUGCACACGUUAACAAAGGAGUUGGAUAGUUUGAGCCGUUCUCCAGACGUCCGUGGAGCCACCCCACGUGGCACCACUGCCGCCGGAUAUGGCUCAGAUACCAAUGCUUAUGAUACGGUUCGCUCGAGAGCCAGAGGAUAUUCCAAUUACGAUUAUGACACCUUCCAAUCCUCAAGAAAUGUCACUCAAACUCAAGCAACUAGCGGUGCAACUCAAACAUCCGGAGCCACCGGAGCUUCUUCCUCUUCUGCGACCCAACAAGAUAAAUCGGGAAAAUGGGCGGACCAACUGAUCGAUCUUGUGUCAGAGCCACUAGACACUACCAUUGCCCGAAUUAACAAUUACACUUCAUCUUCAAAUGACCGUGGACAAGGCGAUGUUGUAGAAGAGAAAUAUCACAGAAGCUACAAAGAGGAACACUCUAGUCGUUAA